CAAGCCAUGACACCUGGUGAACCCUCAGCUUGGCACCUGCUGUGACUGAAAGCCACCCUGUGCAGUGACACUGGGUGACCAAGCCACUCCACAUCGUGACACCAUGUGAAGCCCCCCCCACUCUCCACGCUGCAUUGUCCCCGUCAUGCCACCAUCCCGUCAGUGCGUGGCCAUGCGUGUCCCCGUGCUGUCCCUGCUGCUGGCGCUGUCCCUGCUGUCCCCGUGGGGGUCUGCGGCCGGGAGCUGCCCCCCGCGCUGCGUCUGCGCCUCCAACCUGCUCAGCUGCUCUCAGGCCAACCUGAGCGCGGUGCCGGCGCCGCUGCCGCGCUUCACGGCCGUGCUGGACCUGAGCCACAACAACGUGACGCGGCUGCGCGCGGACUGGGCCCCGGCGCGGCUGCCGCACCUGCACGCGCUGCUGCUGAGCCACAACGGGCUGGCCUUCGUGUCCACCGAGGCCUUCGCCCACGUGCCGCGCCUGCGCCACCUCGACCUGUCCUCCAACCGCCUGCGGACGCUGGACGAGAACCUGUUCAGCGACCUGGGCGAGCUGGAGGUGCUGCUGCUCUACAACAACGAGAUCGCCACGGUGGAUCGCACGGCCUUCGAGAACCUGGGCCGGCUGCGCAAGCUCUACCUGGGGCAGAACCGCAUCGCCCGCUUCCCGCUGGAGCUGCUCCGGGAGGGCUCCCGGCUGCCGCAGCUGGCGCUGCUGGACCUGUCGGCCAACCGGCUGCGGGCCGUGCCCGCGGGCGAGCUGCAGGCGCUGCCCGCCUGGCUGCGCGACCGCCUCUACCUGCACAACAACCCCCUGGCCUGCGACUGCCUGCUCUUCCAGCUGCUGGACCGCGGCCGCCGCCGCCACCUCAGCGCCGUGGAGGAUUUCCAGGAUGAGCUGCGCUGCUUCCCGCCCGGAGCCACCGCUCUCGUCAAGAUCCUGGAGCUGGCGGGCAAGCCGCCUCUCAACUGCAGCAAGGCACGGGAGGCCGUGCUGGAGGCGCACCUCGGGGACAGCGUGACGCUGGGCUGUGACAGCCGCUGGCAGGGCGUGCGCAGCCGGCACUGGGUGACCCCGGGCGGGGAGCGGGUGCUGGGGGACGGGGGCAACGGCAGCGUGGUCCUGCUGGCCAACGGCAGCCUCCAGCUGCGGGCGCUGCGCCCUGAGGAUGCCGGCACCUACUCCUGCUGGGUGGCCGGACCCCUCCUCAACGAGACCCUCUACGUGGAGCUGCUGGUGCACAACUUCACCCUGCACGGCCCCCACGACACCCUGAACACGGCCUACACCACUCUGGUGGGCUGCAUCCUGAGCGUGGUGCUGGUGCUCAUCUACCUGUACCUCACCCCGUGCCGCUGCUGCUGCUGCCGCGGCACCGAGAAGCCGCCGGCGCCACGCGACGACAGCAUCAACUCCUCGGUGCUGAGCACCACCCCGAACCACGCCGGGGGCACCGGGGAGCCCUGCGGGUCCCACAUGGCCUCCAGCGCUGGCACAGGGCAGAACGGCCGGUUCAAGGGCGGGGGGACCCCCCCGCUGCCCGCCCGGCAGGGCCCCAAGGCGCAGAGGAAGGUGUCGGAUCCAGACUCGGUGAGUUCCGUCUUCUCCGACACGCCCAUCGUGGUGUGAGGGGACGCUGUGGGGACAGUCCCCAGGGACACCCCGUGUCAGCCACUGCAAGCUGUCCCUGGGCAGGAGGGGUGGCCAGACGCCCACUGCCGUGUCCCCAGCUUGGGGGGUCACACCAUCACACCCCAGGACUGAGCAUCGCUGCUGGCCCCACCGAGGUCACCGACACCAUGGGACAGUGAGGGACUAAGAUGUGACACACACUUUGGGGACAGUCUCCCACCACAGUGACCUGUCCCUGGGCAGGAGAGUUGGCCAGACUCCCACCACCAUGGCUUCAGCUUUUGGGGGUCCCAUCAUCACCCCAGGACUGAGCAUCGUCCCACACCCCCACUGAGGUCACAAGGGACCGUGAGGGACACAGCGUGUGAGGAGACACACCAUGGGGACAGUCCACUGGGACAUCCUGUGUUCCUACUGCUGCUGUCACCUGUUCCCCAUGGACAUGCCACGGGCAGAAGGGGUGGCUGGACCCCUACUGCCAUGUCCCCAACUUGGGGGGCAACACCAUUGCCCCUCGGGACAGAGCAUCACUGCUGGCCCGCACCCAGGUCACUGUUCAGCUGCAAGGGACAAGGAUGUGACACCAUGGGGCAGUCCCCCACUGUCACCUGUCACCAGGCAGGAGGGGUGGCCAGACCCCCCCCAUGUCCCAGCUUUUGGGGGUCCCACCAUCACCCCCCAGGACUGAACAUCAUCCCUGGCCCCUGCACUGAGGGACUGCGAGGGACAAGGGUGUGAGGGGACACGCCAUGGGGAGUCCCCAGGGACAUCCCGUGUCCCCACUGCCACUGCGAGCUGUCCCCAGGCUGGAGGGGUGGCUGGACCCAUCACUGUGUCCCCAGCUUUUGGGGAUCCCACCAUCACCCCCCAGGACUGAGCAUCAUCCCUGGCCCCUCCCAAGGUCACCGGGGGACUGCAGUGGACAAGGGUGUGAGGGGACACGCCAUGGGGACAAUCUCCUGUUGUGAGCUGUCCCUGGGCAGGAGGGAUGGUCAGACUCCCACCACCGUGUCCCUCGUUUUUGGGGGUCCCGCCAUUACCUCUCAGGACUGAGCAUGGCUGCUGUCUCCUGCAAGCUCACCGCAGGACCCCAGGGACACGUCUCUGUGAGGACAGCGUGGCCACCAACUGCAGGGCAUCAGCCCCACCAGGCACUGGAGGACUGAGGGACAGUGACACACAGCUGUGAGCCCCCAGGAGCGGCAGCACCGGGCAGAACCCCCCUCCUGCAGCCCCGGCCCCCCCAUUCCCCCUGCCCCCUUGGCAUGUGCAUGGCCAAGCAUGAGUCCCCUGGGGAGCAUGUGCCACCCCCAUGGGGACACCGGGGGUGUGUCAACCCCCUGGGGAACCCCCAACACCUCCUGACCCCCUGCAACCCACAGCUGCAAGCAGAGCCCCCUCCCCCGCAGGGGGUGGGAGCCGGGGGCUCCUGCACCCCAAAAAGGGGGUGCCCCCUCCCAUGGGUGCCCAUGGGUGUCCCCAUGCCAGCCCAGCCUGUGUCCCCCGUGCCCCCACCCCGGACAUUCCCCUCCUGCACCGGGCAAUGCCCACCGAUGCCUUGGCCAAAAUAAACGUGUUUCCCUCGUGCCUGUGCAGCCUUCACCCGCCCUUGGGGGGCUCCCAGGGAUGUCCCCUUGCUGCCCUGGGGGUGGGUUGGGGACAGGUGACAGUGCUGGGGGACUCCCCGGGGUGAGGCUGGGUGGGGGGCCCUGCUGCCCUUCGCACCCCAUCGGGGGGUGAGUUAGGGGGGCAGGGGGAGGCACCCCGGUGACCCCAGUGUGCCCACCCGGGGUCCCUCUGACCCCGACACGCUGUGCUGGGAGGGGCUUCUGAACCCCUCCUAUGGCCAGCCCCUGCUCACCCCCAGCACCCAAUGACACCCCUAGCACCUCAAUGACCCUCAUGCCCCCC